AUGCCCUCCAUUUGGAAUGGUAUUGCCCUUUGGCAAAGUGGAUGCGGAUUCAUGUGGUGGCCUUUAUACGCGAAUCUUCCUGAAAAAAAAUUCCAUCACCUGGUCCUGGUUAACCCGAUUCACCUUUAUGAGGCCAAGGUUUGGCACGGUUCCCCCAUUGCGGCCAUCCGCCGGGCCUUCACGGCCCUGGGCAUGCCUCGGGUUGACCAAAUCCCAGAAACAGUCCACUACAACGUAAGUGAAUUGCAGAGGUUGUAUGCACGUCCACCCCCUCAGUUGUCAAUAAUCAAUGAGUCCAAGGAAAAGCCAGCUGAGGUGCCCACUAUUGACAAUUCUCCAACACAUGUGUCCACAGAGAGACUCGGAGAAUCCGCGGAGAGACCGAAAAAGCUGCUUCGUGCUGAUAGGGCUCUUGAUGUUUAUUUGAAUUAG